AUGUCGGAAAACUUAUCUUCCGAACUCAAAGCUUUUGUCGCUAGCCAGCUCGCCGAACUUAAAAGUCAAGUUGAAUCAAAAGAUGAAGAUAUUGCUCUACUUCGAAACCAGCUCAAUGAGAUGAAGAUGGACAAGAAGUCGAAGGCUUCGUCAUCUUCUCGAAAGGCAACGACUACUUUCUCAGAGGAAACCAUCUCCAACAAAGCCUCCACUUCGAGGAAGUAUUCAGAAACACCUACAAGGCCAUCGUCUAAGAAGCACCCAACACCUAACUGUCUCAAAAUCCAGCAAGAAGGUAAAACCUCCGACUCCGAAGCGACACCCUUGCCAGCUGCUGGAGUUUGUUGUCGAAAGAAGUCAAAUACUGAUACCAUUUACGAUACUCAGGACGCGCUCUUUUUGACAAUCCAAGUUCUCUGGGGUCUGGUAGACAAGGGUGCAGUUCCAGAGGCGCCAGAUCCGAAGACAUUGAAGGAGUUCUAUUCCCGGUUCACCACACAAGCUGAGAUUGAAAGCGUCGCUCAGAAUGCAAAUUCACUCGCCCUCAUCGCACACAACGAAAUUACCACUCUAAAGGACAAACAACUUACUCAAAAGGCCGGUCGUGGGACUCUCCAUCUCAAAGAUAUACACAUACUGUUCAUUCAUGCCAGUCUUGCUAAGCUAGGUCUUCGACGUUGGGGACCAGACCUGAGUGAAGCAACCGAUUCACUUCUCAACUCCGCCUGUAGAAUCAGUGCGAUUUUGGCAUUUCGCCAAGUCGCUGCCGGUGGAGCGUUUGACACUGCAAACAUGGAUGAGAGUUAUAUCAACAAUCUUCGAAAUCAUCGCUUGGCUUUUGCUACCGCCAUGAAUUAUCAGCAACGUUAUAAGAACUUCUUGGAGGAUAUUGUGUCUCAUAGUGACGACGAGCCCAGUAAAGAUGGUAAUUACUGGAUUAUCAAGAAGUUAGCUUAUCGUUCCGAGAACGCGACUCAAUUACUGCGCCGUUUGGAUCAAGAAAUCGCCAAUGCCAACCCAGCUCUCAUCAAACCGACUCAAUUUCGUACCAGGAAGGUACCAAUAUUGCCCAGAAAGUCAACAUUUAUCCGUCCACCUCAACGUUGCUUGCUUGAUACUUUGUCACCAACUUACUUCAAUUCACUCCCACAGCAUCUCAAAUAUACACUUGUUAAGACGGACAAGGUGAUAUUCCUCCCUAAUGCUAAAAAGUCAUUACUCCAGAAACCCCACACCCAUCCCGGCGAAAAAUUGAGUGAUUCAAAGUUUAUCAAAAAAUAUUAUGAGAAGAUAUCGGCUCCUUACGCUCUGGAUCCUGUCGAAACGUCUUCAUCUUCGUCUGCAUCCGAGGAAGAUGAAGAUCCUCGUGGUAAAGGUAAAGCUAAAGCUAAAGGCAGCGACGUUGAUACAGACGAAGGAACCAGCAUCCACUUGAGCGACACUUCGGGCGAAGAUGAAGAUGAAGCCUGUUAUGAGGAAGGAGAAUUUGAAGAUGACGAUUUUCUUGACUCUGAGGAAGACAAAGGCUCAGAAGUGGAUGAAGAUUUUGACCCUACUAAGCAUAAAAUCCCUUCCUCUGGUGAUGAAUCAUCCAAGAAGGAUCAACGAGAUGAUCAAGGUGACAAGUCUGCCAUGAUCAUUGAUGAGGACUGA